AGUACAUUAUAUCUAUUUGUGCUAUAAUUUUCGUGUGAUUGGUAUAGUAUAUGGAAAUAAUACGUUAAACAGUUUCAAUAUGAAAGUCCAAAAUGUAAAAUAUUGCUUACAUCAUAACAUCAUUUGAAGUGUAAGAAGUUGGAUGCUUUAAACAAUACUUUAAAACAAUACUGAUUAAAUUUUCUGUUGUUGGGGUUAUUAUUGCGAAUAUUGAUCCUAUGGUAUAAUAACACGUUUUAUAAAAUUAAUUGGUUAAAAUCAUAUAUUUAUAUUUAUCAGUGUAAUUUAGAAAGUAGUAUUUGAAUAUAGAAACGAUGGAUACUACAAAUAUUGCCAAAAAAGAUGAGUCAUUAAUUAGUGAUACAAAUGGUUAUAAACAAAAAGAUCCUGAAGAUAUACAAAUCCCUGUACCUUGGGGCUUUAUAAGCGGAAAAUUAUGGGGAUCAAGAGACACACAACCAAUAGUGGCAAUACAUGGCUGGCAGGACAAUGCAGGGAGCUUCGAUAGCUUGGCACCAUUAAUAUCGUCAAAUUUACCUGUUCUCAGCAUAGAUCUGCCUGGCCAUGGUUACUCCUCUCACAUGCCAUUGGGACAAUUCUACUAUAUAUUUUGGGAUGGGGUUAUCAUUCUACGCAAAUGGUGGGGCCCUCGAUGGGUUCAACCAAUAGUGGCUCUACAUGGUCGUCAGGAUAAUGCAGGCAGUUUUGAUACCUUGAUCCCAUUACUUCUUGAUGGUAUUUCAGUACUUUGUUUGGAUAUGCCUGGGCAUGGUUUAUCUUCUCAUUAUCCAAAAAGUCAAUACUAUUAUGUUUAUUGGGAUGGUGUCAUAAUUCUACGUAGAAUUGUAAAAUAUUUCAAGUGGACUAAGGUAAAAUUGCUGGGACAUUCAUUGGGUGGAGCAAUAUCAUUUUUAUAUGCUGCAUCUUAUCCCAAAGAAGUAGAUAUCUUGAUUAGUUUGGAUAUAGUUAGCCCUAGUGUAAGGGAUAUAACUAAGACUGCAGAAAUAACAGGAGAUAAUAUUGAUAAAUUCUUAAAAUAUGAAAAUCUUACAUUAGAUAAUAUUCCAUGUUAUGAGUAUUCUGAGAUGAUGGAUAUAGUUGUAGCUGCUUAUAAUGGUUCUAUAAACGAAAAGGGGGCUGAAAUAUUAAUGAAACGUGGUAUACAACCUUCGUAUAUUCCUAAGAAAUAUUAUUUUUCUCGUGACCCAAGAUUGAAGGUUUCUACACUAGGUAUGCUAUCCUUAGAUUUGGUACUUGCAUAUGCAUCAAAAAUAACAUGUGCGUACCUUAACAUUCGGGCCGUUCCUGGUAUGGAGUUCGAGCAACCUGAAAAUUAUCAGAAGGUCCUAGACGAAAUAAAAAUAAGUGCUAAAAAAUAUGAAUAUCAUGAAGUUGAUGGUACUCAUCAUGUUCAUUUGAUUAAUCCUGAAAAAAUUGCACCAAUAAUAAAUAGUUUUAUAAGUAAUUAAAGGUAAUAUAUCUAGAUCUUAUGAAUAUAUAGCAAAUUUAUUUGAUAAAUAUAAUUUUAAUAACCGUUCAAACAUGCAGAUAAUUGAUUUAAUGAAUUUAAAUUAUUCUUAUAAACUCAAAAUGAUUACUACCAUAAAAUUUAAAAAGUAUUUAG